GAGAGAGAGAGAGAGAGAGAGAGAAGAGAGGCAUAAACUUGAGUAGGGUUUCCAUGAAACGGCAGGCUGCACUCUGCGCUGAAGCACACGGGGCUCCUGAAAUGAGCAUUGGGCUCCACGAACAAAAUGUAAAAAAUCCACAAGGAACGGUAGCUCUGGCUGUGCCAAAUCUGUUUCUCAGAUGCAAAUUGUGCUGAUUUUCAUGCCACAUUCCCGACUGGAAAGCGAUUGGAUUUGCUGGGUUCCACAAAAUAUCGCUCCUUUUUUUUAUCUUGUAUGGCGGCUUUUGAAUGAAUCUGAGAUUGCGAAGUGAUGGUGUCUCUGCUCUUCAUGUCCUGAGAACCAUGCCUCGGAUUAUUCCUCGAUUUCAGCUCAAAAACAGUAACUUGAUCCGAAACUCGUACUCUUCUUCUUCUGCUCCUCCCCCUGUUUAUGUUCGGAAUCCCCCUUCGUCUUCUGGUGGUAGAACAAGCGCUAUUGUUCUGUUCAUCAUCGUUCUCCUGGCCGUUGUCUUCUUCGUCUGCGGUGUUCUUCAUUUGGUCGUGAGAUUCGUCAUAAAGAAAAGGUCGAGUCUUUCAUCUUCUGCGCCGGAUUCCGACCAAAACGACUCGGGGGCUUUCCAGAGACAGCUGCAGCAUCUGUUUCAUCUUCAUGAUUCGGGCCUUGACCAGGCAGUGAUCGAUGCCCUCCCCGUGUUCCUCUACAAGGAGAUUAUGGGUUCGAAAGAGCCGUUCGAUUGCGCUGUCUGCCUCUGUGAGUUCUCAGAGGACGACAAGCUGAGAUUGCUCCCGUUGUGUAGCCACGCUUUCCACAUUGAUUGUAUUGACACAUGGUUGCUCUCUAACUCAACCUGUCCACUCUGCAGAGGAACCCUUCUCGCACCAGGUGACCAAUUUGAGAACCCAGAUUUCAAUUUCAGAUUUUUCGCAGGAGAAGAUGGGGUUUCGGGACGAGCGAUGGGAGUUGGGGUUUCUCCUGGUCGGAAACCGGCAGAGAAUGAGAUUAUCAGUGGAAAGAGGGUGUUUUCAGUUAGGCUGGGGAAAUUCAGAAGCACCAACGCUGAAGGAGAGACGAGUGGGUGUCUGAAUAGCAAUUUGGAUGACAGAAGAUGUUUCUCGAUGGGGUCUUAUCAGUACAUAGUGGCUGAAUCUGAUCUGGUCGUGGCAUUGUGUCCCAAUGGAGGUGUGAAAGGGGAAAACUCAAACUGUUGUGCUGAAGGAGACAGUGUUGAGGGGAAGAAGAUAAACAUGAGAAGUAAAGGCGAGAGCUUCUCAGUGUCAAAGAUAUGGCAGUGGUCAAACAAGAAAUCAAAAUUCCCAAACCCAUCAGUUUCUCAUCUGGGUUCUUCUUCUGCUACUGCAUCCGGUACUGUUGUCGGGUUGCCGUUCAAUGGAAGGAGAUUUCAGGGUCCAUGAAAGGUACACAGCUCGAAAGGCUAAUUCUGUUAUUCAUUGAUUUGAUUUUUGUCUGUCCUGUUUUCAUGUUAUCAGCAUAAGACCGCAGUCCUUUGUUCUCUCCAGCUGAACAGAUAGAUAGAUAGAUUACCUGUUUGUGGGAAUAAGCUUGUUCUUUGGUGUCAUAGAUGAUCUGCAGUUCUACUACAAUGUUUCAGUUUUGAAUCCCAUCUCUAGCUGUAAACUAGACACUCGUACCUGAAUAAGCUUGGUUUUUUA